GUUUACCCAUGGACCAAGAAGAACUAAAACGUAGACAUUUUAUCAGUUCCCGAUACCGUUGUGUGUGUUAUGCGAUACCAUACCACCUAAAAGUUGCACAAUUUCAUCCAGAGAGUGACAGAUGGCUUCAAUUCGCGUCUUCUUCUCGCGAAAACUCCCAACUUUCGCUUCGGUUUUCUUCCAAACCCUAACUAGAAACCCUUCAACACAUCGGAUCUCCUUCCUAAAUCUAAAACCCAACAACACUCUACGCUUCAUUCCCCCGAAACCCUCCACGGUGUUCGUCGCCCAGUUCCACGACGGCAGGCCUAGGGGUCCUCUCUGGAGAGGCAAGAAACUGAUCGGAAAAGAGGCCCUUUUCGUGAUCCUGGGUCUCAAGCGGCUGAAGGAAGACGAGGAGAAGCUCGCGAAGUUUAUAAAGACACAUGUUUUCAGAUUGUUGAAGCUUGACAUGUUGGCUGUUAUUGGCGAGCUCGAACGACAAGAAGAGACUGCGCUUGCUAUCAAGAUGUUCGAGGUGAUCCAGAAGCAGGAAUGGUACCAACCGGAUGUGUUUAUGUACAAGGACCUUAUAGUAUCCUUAGCCAAGAGUAAAAGAAUGGAUGAAGCUAUGGGGUUAUGGGAGAAAAUGAAGAGAGAGAACCUCUUUCCGGAUUCUCAGACUUACACUGAGGUUAUCAGAGGGUUUCUCAGAGAUGGAUGUCCCGCUGAUGCCAUGAAUGUUUAUGAAGACAUGUUGAAGUCUCCUGAUCCGCCCGAAGAGUUGCCGUUUAGGGUUCUGUUGAAGGGGCUUUUGCCGCAUCCGCUUUUGAGAAACAAAGUGAAGAAAGACUUCGAGGAGUUGUUCCCUGAGAAACAUGCUUAUGAUCCCCCUGAAGAGAUUUUUGGUAGUUGUUGAGUUUUGUAUGCACAAAACACUCUAAACUCUUUCCAUCUCAGUUUUUUUUUCUUUCACAAAAUUGUUCUCAUAAUUUGUGUUCUCUCCGUUUUAUGAAGUUUCAAUCGCCUUGGCACUUAAAUCAGAUCUUAUUGUUGAUCAGUUUGAAUCUUGUAAUGGAUAAUGAAACAUGGGAAGGGUUUGCGACUGUAA